AUGACCACUCGAACCUCGCCCAAUAUUAUUAUCACAGGCACGCCUGGUGUCGGAAAGACCACUCAUUGCGAGAGUCUUGCUGAACGAACUGGACUGCGUCACAUCUCGGUCAACCAAGUUGUGAAGGAUAAGGAAUGCCAUGAGGGAUGGAGCGAUGAGUUUCACAGCCUGAUGGUGGACGAAGACAAGUUACUCGAUGCUAUUGAGGAUGAUGUCAAGGCUGGCGGGUGUAUCAUCGACUGGCACGCCUGUGAUCUUUUCCCCAAGAGCUGGAUCGAUCUAGUUGUAGUUCUGCGUGUCGAUUCUUCAACACAUUACGAUCGUCUUGCAGCGAGAAACUACCCUGAGUCCAAACUCCAAGAAAACAUUGAUUCUGAGAUCAUGGAGGUUCUUCUACAAGAGGCCCACGAAGCUUUUGACCCGGAAAUUGUGAUUGAGUUGACAAGCAACACAUCUGAUGAGAUGGAUACGAAUGUUGAUCGCAUAAUUGGCUGGAUCGAUCAGUGGAAGAAGGAUAACAGCGACGAAUAG